CGCGUCCGGGCUCGGGUUGAGAGAGUGAGAGAGACUGAGGGACUGUGAGGGAGGAGAACUGAACAUUAAUACAACACACAGCCCGCAAAACUCAUCCCCGCUCCGAGUGUGCAGCAUCUCAAGCGAGCGUCCUCACUCUGUCCUGUCCCUCCCCUCAGCUCCCUGAGACACUAAACCUUCAUCACCUAUAAGCUUAGACACACACACACACUCUCUAAACACUACACACGGAUCACUUCACCGCCCUGUUUGAUGUGAUACGAGCGUCUGGUUCAUCGUCAUGGCCUCCGUCUCCAAAACCUCCGAGCUGGACAUCCCAGAUAACCACCAGAAGAGCUGGCAGGCCCUGCUCGCCGCUGCCGAGGUGUACAGCCAGAAGUCGGGCUGUGACCUGGCCAUCCUGACUGCCUGCAAGAAGUUCCUCCCAUCUGGCGCUGAAGCUGACACUGGCAAGAAGAGAGAAGGGGGCGGAGCCUUGCCGGCAGGAAGCAGGAAGUGGGAAUACGGCUAUCAUGUUUGGGGUCAGGGGGCGCUGGCCGAGGCGUCCCGCCGAUACCUGGACGACAUCGGCGUGCUGCACUCCACCACGGUGCUGACGGCGCAGAGACAGGCACGCCUCGCCUCAGGGGAGGGCGGGGCCAAACUGGGCGUGGACAUUCCCUCCGAGAGGCCGACGUCGGUGGGUGACGGAGGUUCGGGCUCGAUCAGUCCCGGCCUGAGACUCUACUCUCAGAGCUACCCGUCUAUCUACAGCGGGGCGGCGGUCGGCGUCCCCCCAUCGGCCCUGCAGGGGAACGGAGGGAAAGAGAGAGAAAGAGCUGCUCUGGGGGAGGUGGAGAGGGCGAGGGAGAGGGCUGGCAUCGUGGACCUGGAGGAGGAAGAGGAGGAGGACGGGGAGGAGGACGAUAUGGACGGGCGCAGACGCAAUCUCAACGAGUCGACCGGUGUCUUCUCCAUGGACGAGGAUUCUCUAUCUCAUGACUGUGAGCCGUUUUUCGAGUCGGAUGGUGAGGAGGAGAGCACUGACGGUUCCCUGAGUGAGGAAGCUCCUCCUCCUCCUCGAGGCCUGGCCAUGGGUCACUCGGCCCUGUCUCGCCUGUCUCACCCCACGGCGCUGGCGCGCUCGCUGCCCGUCUCGGUGCCCGUCUGGGGCUACAGGAACAGCCGGUCCGGGCAGGGCGAGUCUCACAGUGGAGAGCGGGUGGGCUGUGCAGAUCUCGAUCACAUCGCUGCCAGCAUGAAGGCUCUUCUAGCUCCUGCAGCCACCGACGGAACGGAGAUGUUCGGAGCGCUUCCUCGACCUCGGCUCAACACAGGCGACUUCUCGCUCAAGCACUGAUGAUGGAUGUGUGUGCGUGUGUAUGGUUGGGAAACGAAUCAUGAAAGACUAGACGUGUGAAAAUGAACUGAGAUGUAAAUACGAGGCGAACAUGUUAUUUUUUAGACAGAUUUCCACAUUUAACACGACAGGAAUAUUUGGUCUUUUUUUUUUUUUUUUUUUUUUUUUUAAAUGAGGCAAAAGUGGAAAGACCAAGUUUGAGUUCGGAGAUUGUACAGAUCCGCAUCGAGCUGCUCUGGGAUUAGUGGUUUGCCUCUGUGGCGUAAUUAAAUGUAGCAGUUGCACUGAUUCUGGAUCAGUGGUGAAAGUUUAGGAACAAAGAAAUUAUGAAAAGAAAAAAAAAGUUCACAAGGACGUUUUUGGCGUCAGGAUUCACUUUCGGUAACGUUUAAGCUCUAACGUAAAGCUUGCCGAUAUGAUACGACGAUUAUGAUGAUACGAUAUCGAUAUUGCGAUACAUUUGUUACCAUUAAACGAUGACUUUUAUAAGCGUUGUUAGUAUUGUUAUGCAUCAGCUGUUUUCAUAGUUCUCAAUAGUUUGAUAGUUUUUUUUUUUAUUUAUCUUUUUUUUUUUCCUUUUUAAAAAGUUAUUUUUUUAAUAACUAUUUUUAUAACACUGCACUCAUUUUGUGUUCAUCAAAGAAACAAAAAUCUUGAUGUCACCAUGUGAUAUUUUCGGACAUAUCGUGCCAACUCUCAAAAAAAAAAAACGGACAUAUUGAAAACCCAUCAGUUAAUUUCAUUAUAGAUUGACUGGGGGCGGAGCUUAAACUCUAGUCUUUGCCCACAACCAAGCAGUAAUGCAUAUCAAUACUCCCGUCACCCGCCCCAACCCACCAUAAAACGUCCUUGUAAACUCGGAUAUAGGGAACGUGGAUCAGACUUGGAUGAAAACGUGAGCGUGAAAGCAGGCGAGAUUUAAUUCGUAUGUUUUGCGUAACGUAGCAGGCGUUGAGAACUGUCGCC